AAUGAGAUAAUAUUCUGUCUGUGGAGGUGAAGACAACACCUGGAUGAACAUCAGCAGAAGGUCCAGGCUGAAGACCCAAGGAAGCAAGGAAGGAAGGAAGUGGACGCUGACCGUUAAGUCAUGGUGAAGUGUGCAGUUGUCUUCUUCUUCCUCCUCCUCAGCUCCGCGGUUCUCUACGCUGCUGUCCUGAGGAGGAGACAGUCGUGUCCGCAGCUCUGUGACGUCUCCAGGUGUCCGCUCCCGCCCCACGCCUGUUACUAUGGAUACGCCAAAGACGCAUGCGGCUGCUGCGCGGUGUGCGCGGCCGGUGAAGGUGACGUGUGCGGGGAGCGCGGCAGCGGCGGCGGCGGCAGAGGCCUGUCCUGCGGUGACGGGCUGCGGUGUGACCCGAUGCCGGUGACGGGGGCAGACGGUGGACUCCACCGCGGCUCCAGGUGCGUGUGCAUCUCCUCCGGGCCGAUGUGCGGCAGUGACGGCAGGACAUACCCGAGUAUGUGCCGCCUGAGAGCGGAGAACAGGAGAGCCGAGCUCGGUGAGAGCGAACCGGUCAUUCUCAUCAGGAGAGGUCGCUGUGAGUCUGAUAUACAACACCCAGGAAGUAUGCGCUACAAGUUCAACUUCAUAGCAGAUGUGGUGGAUAAGAUCGUCCCCGCUGUGGUGCACCUGGAGCUUUUCCAGAGUCUGCCGUUUUCCACUGACGAGGUCUCAGUGUCGAGUGCCUCGGGGUUCAUCGUGUCGCAGGACGGCUGGAUCGUCACCAGCGCACACGUGCUCGCUAACAAGCAGAGGGUGAAAGUGGAGCUGAAAAGUGGCGCGCAGUACGACGCCUCAGUCCAGGACAUGGACCAGAAGAUUGACAUCGCACUUAUCAAAAUCGAACCCGAUACGCCUCUGCCUGUGCUGCGUCUCGGUCAGUCCUCUGACCUGCGGCCCGGGGAGUUCGUGGUGGCGGCGGGGAGUCCGUUCUCUCUGCAGAGCACCGUCAGCACCGGCAUCGUCAGCACCGCGCGGCGCACCGGCCUGGAGCUGGGCCUGCACAACUCUGACAUGAACUACAUCCAAACUGAUGCCAUGAUUAACUACGGAAACUCUGGUGGACCACUCGUCAACCUGGAUGGAGAUGUUGUCGGCAUAAACACUCUCAAAGUGGCAGCGGGGAUCUCGUUCGCUAUUCCCGUGGACAGAGUCUGUCAGUUCCUCACUGAAUCCCACAACAGACGAGUGAACGGAAAUCCGCCUCGAAAAAACAAAUUCAUUGGCGUCCGGAUGCUGCAGCUCUCGCCAUCUUUGAUCCAAGACCUCAAGAAGCGUGUGAACGAAUUUCCAGACGUGUCCCGGGGAGUCUACGUCUACGAGGUCCUGCCCGGGACGGCAGCGUCCAGUGCUGGAAUGAUCGAUCACGACGUCAUCGUCGGCGUGGACGGGCGGCCCGUUCGCACCGCGGAGGAAGUGAGCGACGCCGUGCAGAGCGCCGCCGUUCUGUCAGUGGUGGUGAGGCGGAAGGACGGGGACGUUACACUCACAGUGUUUCCAGACGAGACGGACUGAAAUCAGUGACUUUUUGGCAGAAAGCUGCGUUGCGCAAAUCUAUGGAUAAGCGGCAAUAUCUAUAAACAAUCGUAAGUAAACAUGCAUCAUAACAUGUCGCUGCAAUCUACAGUCUCACCACUAGGUCUCACAAAUUGUUGCUAAUUAAACAGUGAACCUUUAAAGCUGGGGUACGUAAGCGUUCACCCUGACUUUCAAAAUAAGAGUAGCAUGUUUGAAUUUUUUCGUUUCCUCCGACAAUGCUCCUGGACGUUGACCAAUAGGACAACAGAGCGCUCGGAUGCGGCGUAACAUGCAAACAUAAACGUGGCGAAGACCUAACUUAUCGCAGUCGACUUUAUUGAUAAAAAUAAAGAUGGCAAAUGGCUGCUGUUCCUGUGAUGACAAAGUAGUCGAGAAAAAGCCGUAAAACAAACUUAAAGGGAGCAUAGAAGACAGAUCGAUGGGAGUCUACAGACAACAGAUUCUACUUUCCAUGCGUGAAAAGCACCAGGGGGCAGUAGAAGGGUCAGAUUUAUUCAGUCUGUCAGGGUUCUUUGGCUUGAAACGGAAACCUUUUCCUGCCAACCUGGCGGUGUAAACACACCGGGGUCAUGUGACAUCCAGAGCACUAUACUAUAUUAAAGAUUAGCCUCAAACUCUCAAAAUAACAGUGCGACACACUCAGGUCACUGAAGAAGGGACCGAAUGUCACAAUAUGAUGUCCACAACAUCGUCUCCCUGUCACAAAGACAUAUCCUUGAAGACGUUCUCGAGACAAAAUGGGACUAAUGGACGGACAAUUUGAAAACAUAAUGAGUCUGCCCCCUGGCUGUCACAAGUGUAAUUAAUGAUAAAAACCAAACGUAUCUGCCUAAGCUGGUGGUGGUGAAGGGAGAAAAUGAUUUGUAAUGUGGGGGUGAAACGAUCCAUCAAAGGUUAACUGAGGCGGUAAAAAAUGAUGUGCUGUGUGACUUUGUUUUAAUCGUUUCGCUGGAGGACGACUGAUUGAAAAUCAUGAGCUGGAUUUUUUUAUUAUUAUCCUUUUUCUUGGUGUUCAGACUGAGUUUAAAUAUUCAACGCACAGGUCAAAGCUCUGUGAAACCAGCGCCAGGGGCUCACUCACAUCUCACGCUCAUCUCUGUCACGCAGACGUUUCAUGAAGUUCACGCUUUUACACAGUAACACGUUAUAAUAAAGAUCGGAAUUUAUGGCCCGCCGUCGUUAUUAUCCAGUCUUUGACUGACAUUGUUCAACCACGGCCCAUUAAAUCCAUUCAGAGAAUUAAGAGAACACACUGUACCCCCCGACACUUUUUACUGGGUCGUGACGACCAUGAGCGGUUUUUAUCACGACACCGGACACGAUGGGAUUAGAUUUGUGCCAAUAAUAUCACGCAAAACAUCUUUACUGUGAAAUAAAGCAUGUGAAUUUAGGGAUGAAAUUUACUGGAGCAAAAAAGUCAUAUCAAAGGUGAAACCUUUCAACUUAUGAAUAACCUGUGUAAACUAAGGACACAGCUGGACUAGUUAGUUUGACGUAGGACUGUGUUUGUUCGUUUAUUUACUUAAAAUUAUGUUUUCAAACGUAUAUAAUUUCUCUAACGUAACGUCAACAGCAUCUGGUGCAAGUAGCUACACUUUUAAUCAUAACUAAUGUUAGACUGCACUGAGGAUGCUAACACUGUUAGCAGGAGCAGAAAUGUUAGCAUUGAUAUUAGUGUAACUUGUUUAUGGUUAGUGUGUUUACUCACAUCUACCUUUUAAACUCUCAUAUGCUGGUCACCAUAAACUGUUGUCUUCUGAUAUCAUCACAUAAUGUUAGCUUGAGUUGAGUUUUUAAUCAGUGUCACAGCUAAGAGGGAGCACUGUUAGUAGCAGCAGAAACAUUAGCAUUUCUAAAAGUAAACUUUGCUAAAGCAGUCUAAAAUGCUGCGUUGUCUUAUGUUUAUGGCAUGUCGUGUUUAUAAGUGUUUUCUGGGGGUGGCUAGUGUGGCUAGCACAUUUACUCACUUUUUUACUGAUGUUGCUAAUUUACUGAUGUUUGCUAAUUUUAGCUAAAUUAGCCAAAGCUCUCAAGUAGGGCUGUAACUAACAAUUAUUUUCAUAAUCGGUUAAUCUGUUGAUUAGUACUUUAUUGGUCUGUAAAACACCAGAAAGUGUUGAUCAGUGUUAACCAAACCUGGAAAUGUCUUGUUUUAAUGAUUUAUUUGUUGUAUGGAACAAAGAGACAGGAAGAUAUUCACACCAUUCAAACAUCUUAAUUAUGAAACUAAGGCAGCAUUAAUUAUAACUUUUGAGAUGA